CGUCAUCGUCGUCGUCGUCGUCGACCACAAUGAUCACCCUUCCAAAGGAUACAGAGGCAGCCAGGGUCCCCUUUCGCCAGGCUGAAGAAGAGCCCCUGCUUUCUCAACACGCCACCUCGAGCGCCAGCGUCAGCGCUCCACCAUUCGAGCCACCCCCUAGGUUCACACCGUAUCGAGCUUCCUAUUUCGAAGUUGGAUACCAAGAUAUCUGCUCGCAUGACCCCCAUCUCAAUACAGAUGGCGAGGCGCUCUACCGUUUUCUUCUCGAGCGUUCACAGCGGCCCCCCUUCGUCCGUGUUAACGUCAGGGGCACUCACACCGAACACCGAACUCAUUGGGUUACCCAGCGGGACAGCGAUGGGCGAACUCGACAGGUGUCGGAAACCCACACUGAAACCGUCACCGAUUUCGACUUCUGUAUCGACAUAGCCCCGCCAUUGGGCACAAAGCCUAUCCAAUGGAGCGUUCCUGACCGCGAACCAACGUACCGAGGGAAGAUGGUCAGGGAAUUGGAAGAGAUUGCCCUCCCUGGUCUUGGUGGAAUUCGUCGGUCGAAGCGUAGAGCAUCCAGGAAAGAAUUGAAGCGACAGAAGCAGUGGGAAGAAGAGCGCCGUGGUCGAGGACUUCCCCCUUGGUGCCCGCCAGAAGACAUCGAGCGACUCCUGUUAGAAGAAUCUUCGGGAUCUCUUUCAACUCCUUCCCCAAUCUCUGUACCGUAUGUCAAUACUCUAUCCGCCAUCGAACACAACUCGCUGCGCAGCACAAAGUCUCUCCGCCAAUGGGCAGAUGAAUAUUGCCGCUCACCCAAACGCCUCAAAGAAUUUGUGUACGAUCAACACCUCUACGGCUGGAAUAUGUCGCAAAUCGAAAGUGCUAUCCGCUCCACCGUUGUCGCUACCCCUUACAAUGGCGACUUGGAAAUUGCCUUCAUCAAAUACAGGUCAAGAAUAUACAUUCGCCCCGAUAACCGGCUUUCCAAGUGGCUCUCGAAUAAGUGGCUCUUUUUCCUUUCCAUUGUGCUCCUUGUAUAUCCUUUCAUCUGGCUGUUCAAACGAUUCCAUUCGAGGGGAGGUGGAAAGUGGGAGGUUUGCGGUGCUGCUUAUCCAAUGAAGAGAUGGGUACCGGCGACGGACGAUGGUGAACCAAUCCCACCCGAGACCGACGAGCAAGGGUUACCAACUCUGCCACCCUACGAGCCCUACGAAUCUCGCACUCCGCAAUACUCCCAGGCAUCCCCUUCUUCAAUGCCCUCGCCUCGAAUGCCUCUUCCAUCCCUACCCAGUCCUAGUGGGUUCGGGGCAUCCUUCCCAACCCCUACGUCCACAUCUUCUCGGCUUGUUCAGACUUCCUCAGGGCCCAAGCGACUCGUCGGAAUAAGGGAAGGAGAAUGGUUCAGAAAAUGGGAAGGUGCUAUAACGAGGGCUGUGCUGAGUAGAUAUCGAUCGACGACACCUCUCGAAGAUCCUGGGGCUAUCCCAGGUACUGUUCGUACAUUGGAUGGGUAUUUUGGCUGAGGUCAUAACCUCUUUCUAAGGAUUAUUUCUGCACUGUGGCCAUGUACUGGAUUCCCCGUUGCUCUCCGGAGUUCCCCCUAUACAUCACUGAUUCACUGACGAAAUCUGCUAAGCCCUUGACGUCGUAGCCAUUAGCCACAGCCAAGUGAGCGCCCAAUGUCGAUGAUAUCUCAGGCGCUCAGCGCUCUCCGGAAACUGGAUCAAUGUUACAGUACGAAAUGAUCUUCUGGAUUUCUUGUUUGAAUUCGAUACUUCCCUGCUAAAAAGGACAAAUGAACACGAACACUCCGGUGUACCGAUCUUGGC